AUGCAAAGGUUCCCAGAGCCCCACCUGGGCCAGUGGCAUUUCAUCGCAGGGGCAGCUCCCACCAAGGAGGAGUUGGCAACUUUUGACCCUGUGGACAACAUCGUCUUCAACAUGGCUGCGGGCUCUGCCCCCACGCAGCUCCAGCUUCGCGCUACCAUUCGCACGAAGACUGGGUCCUGUGUGCCCCGGGAAUGGAUCUACCACCUGACUGAAGGGAGCACAGACCUCAGCACUGAAGGCCGCCCCGACAUGAAGACCCAGCUCUUUGCCAGCUCAUGCCCAGGUGGAAUCAUGCUAAAGGAGACGGGCCAGGGCUACCAGCGCUUCCUGCUCUACAAUCGCUCACCAUACCCUCCUGAGAAGUGUGUGGAGGAAUUCCAGGCCCUGGCCUCCUGCCUGGACUCCAAGGCCUUCUUACUGACUCCCAGGAAACGAGAGGCCUGCACGCAGUCCGGUGACUGA